AUGAGGAGAUUGGGUAGACGCGAUCGAAGCCAAGCCAAGCCAAGCCGAGCCGAGCCGGCAGAAAAGGGCGGUCCUGAAGCGAUUCGCCUGUCCACUGGGCGAUCGCUGAACUGCUCGUCGUCGUGGCUGAAGAAGACUAGCUCUUCUGCAUUCAGCUUUUUCAAAAUUUGGUCUGACUUGUUGAUUAUGAACAUCGAGAAUGAUCAUGACCAUCUGCUCAUUGCCCAUCUCUUCAAAGGGAUCGUGGUUAUGCUAAGUUUUAAGUUAUUGGGAAAGCUUGCUCGAAAAGAUUGA